UGCCGGGAUUUUGUGUUUGAGGAACCGACGUACUGGAGUGAAGUACCGAGCUUUCCCAUCUUUUUUGUUUAUUUUCGCAAUAAUUCAAUGUGGUAACUGACCGUUAAGAUGUCGAGUGAGGGCAGCAGCAAGUACUUGUUCUUCAUCAUUGUGAAAGAGCUUCGGAAUUCAUGUCUCCCUCAAGGCUCCAUAUGUUACAUUGAAGAGAUGCAGUAUGUCUCAAAGAUAAACAGCGAGGAGCACAUGAAGACUUUGGAAGUCAAGAGCAUGCGUUACUGGGUGACAGAAAGGACAGUGCAGGUGGAUGCCCUGCAACAGCUCACAAAGAAGGAGGCGGAGCUUCUGCAGGCCCUAGACAAGGACAAGGACAGGUUCAAGUGUUUUGAGGACAGGAAAAAGCUGGACUUUGCCUUGAGCCUCUCCAAAGACAGCCCUGUUGAAGUGAAUGUGAGAGGGGAGUGGUGUGAGGGUGUGGUCCGUUAUAUUGGGGGUAUCAAAGAGCCAGAAAGGCAACACCCAAUUACUGGAAUGUUCUUCGGGAUUGAACUGAUGGGGAGGCAUAAGGGAAAAGGUGGGAGUAUUGACAGUUUUGGACUAAAGUUCUUCACCUGUGAGAGGGACUGUGCUGUCUUUGUCCCUUUUACCAUGGUCCAAGGUGCGCCCUCCAAAGAGGAUUCAUAUAAAAAUGGAGGAGACUUUAACCAUGACAACAACAUGCUGAGUGACGAAAGCAACACAUAUUUGUUCUUCAUCAUUGUGCAGGAGCUUCUGUACUCAUUUGACCACCCUCAAGGCUGCAUAUGUUAUAUUGAGGAAAAUGAAUAUUUGUCACAGGUGAAGACUGAGAACAGCACGACUUUGUUUGUCAGAUGCGUAGAUUCCAGGUUGAUAAAGUCUGUCGUGAGUGUGGAUGCCCUGCAACAGCUCACAAAGAAGGAGGCGGAGCUUCUGCAGACCCUAGACAAGGACAAGGACAGGUUCAAGUGUUUUGAGGACAGGAAAGAGCUGGACUUUGCCUUGAGCCUCUCCAAAGACAGCCCUGUUGAAGUGAAUGUGAGAGGGGAGUGGUGUGAGGGUGUGGUCCGCUAUAUCGGGGGUAUCAAAGAGCCAGAAAGGCAACACCCAAUUACCGGAAUGUUCUUCGGGAUUGAACUGAUGGGGAGGCAUAAGGGAAAAGGUGGAAGUAAUGACAAUUUUGGACCAAAUAAGUUGUUCACCUGUGAGCGGGACUGCGCUGUCUUUGUCCCUUUUACCAUGGUCCGAGGUCUGCCCUCCAAACUGAAUUUAGGUAGUAAAUGUGAGCAAAACAAGUUGAGUGACCAGAGCAGCCAGUAUUUGUUCUUCAUCGUCGUGAAGGAGCCUCUGCACUCAUGUGACACCCCUCAAGGCUGCAUAUGUUGUGUUCAGAAGGAGGAGUAUGCUUCAAAGCUGAAUUCCAAGAACAUGACGAGUUUGGUAGUCACAUGCAUGAACUCCAAGUUAUUGCCGAAGGUCAUGAGUGUGGAUGCACUGCAAGAGAUCACAAAGGAGGAGGCGGAGCUUCUGCAGGCCCUAGACAAAGACAAGGACAGGUUUAAGUGUUUUGAAGACAGGAAAGAGCUGGACUUUGCCUUGAGCCUUUCCGAAGACAGCCCUGUUGAAGUGGAUGUGAAUGGGGAAUGGUGCGAGGGCAUGGUCCGCUAUGCUGGGGGCAUCACAGAGCUAGAUAGGCAACACCCAAUUACCGGAAUGUUCUUCGGGAUUGAACUGAAGGAGAAGCAUAAGGGAAAAGGCCAAACUGAUGGUACUUACAGAGGGAAGAAGUACUUCGCCUGUGGCAGGGACUGCGGUGUCUUCGUCCCUUUUACCAGGCUUCGAGAUUCGGCUCCCAAACCUCUGGACCCCCUGCUGCCGUGGAAAGGAGUAUCGGGGUACCAAGAAGAGCCACUGGUCGUUGGAGAGAGGGUCACUUUCUUUACUGACGAUGACCGAGGCCGACAUGGUAUAGUGAUGGGCCUGGAGAAGAAGCAGGGCAUGGUCUAUGUGCUCGUGUCCACGGACACGCACGAGAAGGGGGAGGACGGGAGUCCCCUGAGCAUCCCUCUGCAGUGUGUCAUUAAGGAGGAGCUGCUCUCUCCAGACCGACUGGAACCAUGUAUGACCCCAAACGUAGAGGAUGUCACCUUCAGCCUGGGCUCCAUGGUGGAGGUGAAGCUGUUUGAGGGCAGAACCGCGUACGGCACCAUACGCUGGAUCGGCACGUUGCCGGGCUACGACGGAAUCAGGGCCGGUUUGGAGCUGGAGGAGGACAUAGGAGUGAGUGACGGCACUUUUAAGAACAAGCGCUUUUUCCAGUGUCCCUACAAGAGAGGCCUGUUCGUCAGGCUGGCUUCCUGUCGCAAAGAUACACGCUUCCUGUCUGCAGCGCCGCCGGACGCAGCGGUCUCGGAGAGAAACGGAGACAGAGGAGCGGACGAACUCGUGCCGGGAAGAGUGGCUCCGCUCACGUCGGACAAAGUGCUCAAGAUGCUCAUGGGCGACAUGAAGGGAAUCCAGGGACACUGCAACUCCUGCUACAUGGAUUCUGCUCUCUUCAGCCUGUUCUCCUGCUCUUCUGUGCUGGACUCGCUGCUCUUCAUGUCUGUGCCCCAGGAAGACGCCCAGAUCCAGAACAUCCUGCUCCAGGAAAUCGUGAACCCCCUGCGAACUAAGGGCUUCGUAUCGGAGAAAAGUAUGAUGAAACUGCGCAAGAAGUUGCAGAGCAGCGGACACUGCCCCACCUUCACCACAGAUGAGAAAGAUCCCGAGGAGUUCCUCACCCUUCUUAUGAGUGACAUCCUUCGCCUGGAGCCGCUGCUUAAGCUGUCAACGGGCAAGAAAGUGCAGGAGAGCUACUACUAUCAGAUUUUCCUGGACCAAAAUCACAGCCUGGUGCUGCCCACGGUGCGGCAGCUGCUGGAGCACUCCUUCUGGAGCAACUCGCUCAGGUUGGCUGAGGUUCCGGCCUGUCUCAUCCUGCAGAUGCCCCGGUUCGGGAAAACGUUCAAGAUGUUUAAUAAAAUUAUUCCAACGCUUGAGCUGGACAUCAGUGACCUCCUGUUGGACAAUCCUCAGGAGUGUAUACUGUGUGGCCAGCUGGCAGAACUGGAGUGUAACAACUGCUUUGUGGACGACACCUUCGGGAACACGGGCUUCAAACAGCUGUGUGGCAAAUGUUCACUCCAGGUACACAGCCACCCCAAGAGAAGUUCCCACAAGCCCAGUCAUCUCCGCAUCCCUGACGGCUUCCGCCCGUCGGCCAUCCCUCCCAAGGAGAAGCUCCAGUUGUUUGCGGUGCUCUGCAUAGAGACGAGUCACUAUGUCUCCUUCGUCAGACACGGCCGCUGCCCGGAGGACUGGGUCUUCUUUGACAGCAUGGCAGACAGGCAGGGUGACCAGGAUGGAUACAACAUCCCUCGCGUCCAGGCUUGUCCCGAAGUGGCGCGCUACCUGGAGAUGCCGCUGGGGGAGCUGGCAGCCCUGAACCCACGGGACAUGGAGGGCGUGGCCAAGCGCCUCUUCUGCGAUGCCUACAUGUACCUGUAUGAGAGUCCGCGGAUGGGGCUGUACCACUGAGGGAGCGCUCUGCCAAUCGAUGUCAAGCUUGGACGUCAUGGUCGGUGGUGAUGCACCACCCCUGCGCUCGGGGCCUGGUGUCCAGCUUCCCCUGGAUGCCCAAGGACAAGCAGCCUUUAGCAUUUACCUUGCUGCGGGGUUCAGAUGCCUCUGCUUUAGCGGUGUAUCAUAUAUCAAUAUUUCUUGUAAGUGAUCUCUGUCACAGCCUUUUUCAUGACAACUAUUGAAAUGUAAAGUAAUUGAACAACUAAUAAGCAGGAGGAGGAGGAAAAUGAGACGUUUGUCCAAGGCUUCUCCUGCUGGACUGUACACUUUUUUUAAUGUCAAACACUUCCUGAGGGACAGUGGGGAUUUUUAGUCCUGGACUGCUCAGAACUUACCUAGUCGGUAAGUGUGUGUACCCGUGCUGUUCUGAGUGCCUGUUGAACCCUCGCUCUUGUAGCCUGGGGGGGUUUUCCUUUGGCAAAAGGGACCAAACUGAUUGCGUCCCCUGUUGCCGUUUGCACUUUCUACUCUGUUGCCUGCUGUGGACGUCCAGACGACGCUGCAAUGACUGCCUCAGCCUCACGGUGGCGCCCACAGUCAAUGUACCUGUAGCCCGCUUUGCGCUCAAGGGCCGCGCUGGGUUUACUACGGUAACAGCGUGUGGAUGUGUGUCUGUCCUUGAUGGAAAUAAUUUAAAAAAAAGACAGUCGCUGUCUGGGAUUCAGAGGAUAAGAUGACAAUAAACGGAUGUUUGUAACAAAAAA